UCCUCGGGGGCGGGGCCCUCAUUCUCUGUACCCCCAAUCCAAACCUCUCCCCCUCACCCCAGCAACCCCGGCUCCCCAGCUCCUCUCCUCUGUCCGCCUCUCCAUCCCUUCAUCUGUCUGUCCCUUCAGAGAGGGGGAGGGGGUUACCUAAGCCACUAAGCAGCCCCUCCCUCCCCCUGUCCUGCGUCUCCUGCCCCUCUCUUGGGCCGGGGGGGAGGCCAGGGUCGUGCGGGUCCCCAUGGCUGGGGGCUGAGGGCCCGCCCCCCCCUCCUCCCCAGCCGCCACCACCUGCACCUUCCUUCCAUCCAUCCGGCGACAAGAUGCCUGCCCCAGGCGCCCUCGUCUUCCUCGCGGCCCUCUCCUCCUCCUGCUGCCUGGCGUCCCCGGCCCACCCCGAUGGAUUCGCCCUGGGCCGGGCCCCUCUGGCUCCUCCCUAUGCCGUGGUUCUCAUUUCCUGCUCGGGCCUGCUGGCCUUCAUCUUCCUCCUCCUCACUUGCCUGUGCUGCAAACGGGGCGAUGUUGGUUUCAAGGAGUUUGAGAACCCUGAAGGGGAAGAUUGCUCUGGGGAGUACACUCCCCCAGCAGAGGAGACCUCCUCCUCACAGUCGCUGCCUGAUGUCUACAUUCUCCCACUGGCCGAGGUCUCCCUGCCCAUGCCAGCCCCGCAGCCUGCACACUCAGACAUGACCACCCCCCUGGGCCUCAGCCGCCAGCACCUCAGCUAUCUGCAGGAGAUUGGCAGUGGCUGGUUCGGCAAGGUGAUCCUGGGAGAGAUCUUCUCCGACUACACUCCCGCCCAGGUGGUGGUGAAGGAGCUGCGCGCCAGCGCUGGGCCCCUGGAGCAGCGCAAGUUCAUCGCAGAAGCGCAGCCCUACAGGAGCCUGCAGCACCCCAAUGUCCUCCAGUGCCUGGGCGUCUGCGUGGAGACGCUGCCCUUCCUGCUGAUCAUGGAGUUCUGCCAGCUGGGGGACCUGAAGCGUUACCUCCGGGCCCAGAGACCCCCCGAAGGCCUGUCCCCCGAGCUGCCCCCUCGAGACCUGAGGACACUGCAGAGGAUGGGCCUGGAGAUCGCCCGCGGGCUGGCGCACCUCCACUCCCACAACUACGUGCACAGCGACCUGGCCUUGCGCAACUGCCUGCUGACCUCGGACCUGACGGUGCGCAUCGGAGACUACGGACUGGCCCACAGCAACUACAAGGAGGACUAUUACCUGACCCCUGAGCGCCUGUGGAUCCCGCUGCGCUGGGCGGCCCCCGAGCUGCUGGGUGAGCUGCAUGGGACCUUCAUGGUGGUGGACCAGAGCCGCGAGAGCAACAUCUGGUCCCUGGGGGUGACCCUGUGGGAACUGUUUGAGUUUGGGGCGCAGCCCUACCGCCACCUGUCAGACGAGGAGGUCCUCGCCUUCGUUGUCCGCCAGCAGCACGUGAAGCUGGCGAGGCCCCGGCUGAAGCUGCCCUAUGCAGACUACUGGUACGACAUCCUGCAGUCCUGCUGGCGCCCACCCGCCCAGCGGCCCUCGGCCUCCGAGCUCCAGCUCCAGCUCACCUACCUGCUCUCUGAGCGGCCCCCUCGGCCCCCACCCCCGCCUCCUCCGCCCCGGGAUGGCCCGUUUCCCUGGCCCUGGCCUCCGCAGCACAGUGCGCCCCGCCCGGGGACCCUGUCCUCCCCAUUCCCCCUCCUGGAUGGCUUCCCUGGGGCUGACCCCGACGACGUACUCACGGUCACCGAGAGCAGCCGAGGCCUCAACCUCGAGUGCCUGUGGGAGAAGGCGCGGCGGGGGGCCGGCCGGGGUGGGGGGGCCCCCGCCUGGCAGCCGGCCUCGGCGCCCCCGGCCCCCCAUGCCAACCCCUCCAACCCCUUCUACGAGGCGCUGUCCACGCCCAGCGUGCUGCCUGUCAUCAGUGCCCGCAGCCCCUCGGUGAGCAGCGAGUACUACAUCCGGCUGGAGGAGCAUGGCUCCCCACCCGAGCCCCUCUUCCCCAACGACUGGGACCCCCUGGACCCAGGAGUGCCGGCUCCCCAGGCCCCCCAGGGCCCCUCCGAGGUCCCCCAGCUGGUGUCCGAGACCUGGGCCUCCCCCCUCUUCCCGGCGCCCCGGCCCUUCCCGGCCCAGUCCUCUACGGCAGGCAGCUUCCUCCUGAGCGGCUGGGACCCCGAGGGCCGCGGCGCUGGGGAGACCCUGGCAGGGGACCCCGCCGAGGUGCUGGGGGAGAGGGGGGCUGCCCCUUGGGCCGAGGAGGAGGAGGAAGAGGAGGAGGAAGGCAGCUCUCCGGGGGAAGACAGCAGCAGCCUCGGGGGAGGACCGGGCCGCCGGGGCCCCCUGCCCUGUCCCCUGUGCAGCCGAGAAGGUACCUGCUCCUGCCUCCCCUUGGAGCGGGGGGACGCAGUUGCUGGCUGGGGGGGCCACCCCGCUCUUGGCUGUCCCCAUCCCCCCGAGGACGACUCCUCCUUACGGGCCGAGCGAGGCUCCCUGGCCGACUUGCCCUUGGCCCCCCCCUCUUCGGCCCCCCCCGAGUUUCUGGACCCCCUUAUGGGGGCAGCGGCGCCCCAGUACCCCGGGCGGGGACCACCACCCGCACCGCCGCCGCUGCCGCCUCCUCCCCGGGUCCCCGCGGACCCCACCGUGUCCCCCGAACUCCCCUCGGCCGUGGCCAGUCCCGGCUCCGGUCUGUCCUCUCCGGGCCCCAAGCCGGGGGACAGCGGCUACGAGACCGAGACCCCUUUUUCCCCCGAGGGAGCCUUCCCAGGAGGGGGGGCAGCCGAGGAGGAAGGGGUCCCUCGGCCACGGGCUCCCCCCGAGCCCCCCGACCCAGGAGCGCCCCGGCCACCCCCCGACCCCGGUCCCCAUCCAGAACCAGGGGGCCGGGAGAAGCCCACCUUCGUCGUGCAAGUGAGCACCGAGCAGCUUCUGGUGAGCCUGCGGGAGGACGUGACCAGGAACAUCCUGGGGGAGAAGGUGCCCCGCAAGGUGGGGAGAGGCCCCGGGAGCCGAGAGAGAGCCCAGGGUCCGAGCAGGGACCCCGCAGUCCUGGGCAGCGGGAAGAGAACCCCAAGCCUGAACGAAGCCCCACCAAACCUCCCCGUGAACGGAGUGACAGUGCUGGAGAACGGGGGACAGGGAGCCCAGGCCCUCAACGAGAAGGGGGCACAGAACGGGGGUCUGGGGUCCCCCGAGAGAGAAGAGAAAGCGCUGGAGAAUGGGGAGCUGACACCCCCAAAGAGGGAGGAGAAGGUGUUGGAGAAUGGGGUGCUGAGGUCCCCCGAGAGAGAAGAGAGAGUGCUGGAGAAUGGGGGUCUGACACCCUCAAAGACCGAGGAGAAGCUAUCAGAGAAUUGCGGCCCGAGACCCCCCAGGAACAUGGAGAGGCCUCCAGAGACUGGGCCUUGGAGAGCCCCAGGGCUUUGGGAGAAGAUGCCCGAGAAUGGGAGUCCAGCCCCCAUGAUCGAGGAACCAGCAGCCCCAGAGACCUCUCUGGAGAGAGCCUGGCCCCAGAACAGCGGGGAGAUAGCCCCUGGCCCCCCUGGCCUAGCUCCCACGAGCGGGGCGCAGGAACCCGGGACCGAGAGGAGAGCCCCCGAGACUGGGGGGGCACCGAGAGCCCUCGGGGCUGGGAGGUUGGACCUCGGGAGUGGGGGCCGACCCCCAGCGGGCACGGGGACGGGCCCCGGCGGCGGCCUCGGAAGCGGCGGGGACGUAAAGGCCGUGUGGGCAGACAGCUCGAGGCCGCCGCCACCACCACCACCGCCGCCAGCGGAAGCACAGGUGCCCCCGAGGAGGCCGGAGCCAGCAGUGCCCCCGAGAGCCAGGCCGGAGGGGGCCCCCGAGGGAGAGCCCGGGGCCCCAGACAGCAGAGCCGACGUCGACACGGCACCCAGCGGAGACGUGGACCCCCCCAAGCCCGAGAGGAAGGGCCCCGAGAUGCCGAGACUCUUCCUGGACCUGGGACCCCCUCAGGGGAACAGCGAGCAGAUCAAAGCCAAGCUCUCUCGCCUCUCGCUGGCGCUGCCGCCGCUCACGCUCACGCCGUUCCCGGGCCCGGGUCCGCGGCGGCCCCCGUGGGAGGGCGCGGACGCCGGGGCGGCUGGCGGGGAGGCCGGCGGGGCGGGAGCGCCGGGGCCGGCGGAGGAGGACGGGGAGGACGAGGACGAGGAGGAGGAGGACGAGGCGGAGGCGGCGUCGGCAGCGGGCCCGCGGGGCCCCGGGAGGGCACGGGCAGCCCCGGUGCCCGUCGUGGUGAGCAGCGCCGACGCGGACGCGGCACGCCCAUUGCGGGGGCUGCUCAAGUCCCCGCGCGGGGCCGACGAAUCCGAGGACAGCGAGCUGGAGAGGAAGCGCAAGAUGGUCUCCUUCCACGGGGACGUGACCAUCUACCUCUUCGACCAGGAGACGCCAACCAACGAGUUGAGCGUCCAGGGCCCCCCCGAGGGGGACUCGGACCCGUCAACGCCGCCAGCGCCCCCGACGCCUCCCCACCCCACCACCCCAGGAGAUGGAUUUCCCAGCAACGACAGCGGCUUUGGAGGCAGUUUCGAGUGGGCGGAGGAUUUCCCCCUCCUCCCCCCGCCAGGCCCCCCCCUGUGCUUCUCCCGCUUCUCCGUCUCGCCUGCGCUGGAGACCCCGGGGCCCCCCGCCCGGGCCCCCGACGCCCGACCCGCAGGCCCCGUGGAGAACUGAUGCCCCGAAGCCACUACCCCCUUGCAACCCCAGAAGAGGGGUUGAGGGUAGAAUCCUCUGUGGACGAGGGAGCCACUGCCACCACCACCGACGCCGCCUCCGGGGAGGCCCCCGAGGCUGGGCCCUCCCCCUCCCCCACCAUGUGCCAAACGGGAGGCCCAGGCCCCCCACCCCCCAGUCCCCCAGAUGGCUCCCCCGAUCCCCCAGACCCUCUCGGUGCCAAAUGAGGCAAGAUGCCCCUCCCCCCUCCCAGGAGACCCACCUUUCUCAGAACAGAACUGAACUCGGGGGCCUGGAGCCCCCCGCCAUCCCCCGCACAGUGGAGGCCCCCCUCCUGCUGACCCCUCUGGCUCCAGGCUGGGGCUGCAGGCUUUGCGGACCGGACAAACCCUCCCCCAACAACCCCAUCUCGCGACCCCCGUUCCCUUCCCCAGACCUCGGAGGUGCCUCUGGUUCGAAUCUUCGCGUGGCAUUUUCACAUUAUUUAAAAAAGACAAAAACAACUUUUUGGAGGAAAGUGGGGCCUGUGUGUGUUUGGAGGGGGGCAAGAAUGGAGGCGCAGGGCUGGGCUGGGGCUCUGGGUCGACCUCACCUGCACCUCGCACCUCCAGGCCCUUCACAAGAGACGUGAGGGAGCCAGCAGGCAUCAGGGGAGGGGGAGGUGGUGGGUUCAAGACUCAGCCCGGCAUGCACAAGGUGGAUCGAGGUGAUGGGUGACAUGACAGGGAGCUACCCCGCAUCCAGCAGCCGGAACGGGGGUCCUCAGAGAUAACCCACCAGCAGCCUGCACAUCAUGGUGCCUCCACCCCCGCAGAGAGCUCCGCCUCUGUUUACCUGCUUCUCAGCUUCCCUCCUCUCCAAGGGUCUCGCCCCUCACUGUCACCCAGCCCCAUCUUCCCUGUUUGCAUUCGCUCUGGUUUUGUGGAUCCCUGGUCUCCUGCAUGUGUGAGCUCUGGAUCUUCCCCUGGUGCCGCUUUACCUCCCAUGCGGUGCUAGGGCUUGACCUUGAGCUGUGCACUUGGCAAGGCAUGAACCCUGUCUGGUGAGCAAUCUAGCUCCUGAUU